UGUGUGUGUGUGUGUGUGUGUGUGAGUGAUACACUCAGCUCACUAAAUGAAUGGAUCCUGCUCGCGAAUGGGCGAUUUUUCCAGCAUCAUCUAAUUCUGGAUUCAAUGCAUUUAUCACUCGGGAUCAGUGAUGACUUGGCUUCUGAUGUGGGUUCUGCUAUUUGCUUGUGUACCACAGAUUCACAGAGCAUUUGCCCAUGAUUCCUCUAAGAUGCAGUCCACACCAGAGCCCAUCACCCCGGAGCCCUAUAAUCGCACCCAGUACUGCCAGUGGCCCUGCAAAUGUCCUAAAACUCUCCCCACCUGCCUACCAGGUGUGAGCUUGAUCACGGACGGAUGUGAUUGCUGCAGAGCAUGUGCCAAACAGGUGGGGGAGGUUUGCAACGAGAAAGAAAACUGUGACCAUCAUCGUGGCCUUUACUGUGAUUACAGCGCAGACAAGCCUAGGUACGAAAAAGGAGUCUGUGCAUAUCUGCCAGGCACUGGCUGUGAGCACAAAGGUAUGAUCUUUCGCAAUGGCCAGAGCUUCCAGCCCAAUUGCAAAUACCAGUGUGUGUGUGUGAAUGGGGCGAUCGGAUGUGUCUCGCUGUGUAAUGAGUCUCAGCCCCCCAGGGUUUGGUGCCAGAACCCACAGCGAGUUCAAAUCCCCGGCCGCUGCUGUGAGAAGUGGAUCUGUGAUGAGGCCAGGAGGGGACGCAAGACAGCACCAAGACACACAAUGGCUGCCCUAACUAGUGUAAAAGACAACUGGCACAAGAACUGUGUGACCCAGACAAGCUCCUGGAGUCCCUGCUCAAAGACAUGCGGCCGUGGAGUGUCUUUACGCAUUACUAACAACAACAAGCAGUGUCAGAUGGUCAAAGAGAGCAGACUCUGUAACAUCCGGCCUUGCAAAGUGGACAUCACAAAGCACAUCAAGCCUGGAAAGAAGUGCUUGAACAUCUACAGGGAGGAAAAGCCACAUAACUUCACUAUCUCAGGCUGCACAAGUACAAACAAUUACUGGCCCAAGUACUGUGGAGUGUGUACAGAUGAGCGCUGCUGCAUCCCUUAUAAAUCUAAGACUGUUGAGGUCGACUUUCAGUGCCCGAACGGAUCCGGCUUCACCUGGCAGAUCAUGUGGAUAAAUGCCUGCUUCUGCAACCUGAGCUGUAAGAACCCCAAUGACAUAUUUACAGAUCUAGAACUGUACCAUGAGAGAGGUGAGGUUGGAAACUGAGUGUACGAGACCUUGCAGAAAAGUCAAUAGAAAGAUUUGGCAGAAAGACAGUUUUUUGUUUCCUGAGCAAGAGUUGAUAUUUGACUGACCAUCAUCAGUGUUUUUUGGAGCUUUUUAAUUGGAAAAACUGAAAUACACUAAUAUAUCCUAAUAUAUUUUAUUUUAAGACAAUGUGGCCUACUGCAACCAAAUUUUUCAUAUACGUAGAGUUGCUUCAACCAAGAUAAUCCCAGCUUUUGUCAUAUUGCGACAAAUCCUUUUGUACAAAUGAUGUAAGAAGAAAAUAUCAUGUUGACUUCCGUUUAAUUUAAACAAAUUCUAUUAAAUAAAUCUAUAUUACUUUUAUGGAUUGAUAAUGUA